UUUUAGUGUAACACCGGUCCCUUACACGUUCCCAGCACGCGUCUUUCCGGUUGCUGUGUAAAAGAAGGGGGAACACCUUCAGACAAAAUACUGUACAGUCACAGACUCGUGUGUGUUCGUGGUUUGUUUGUUUUAAUAUGUAGUUCAACUUUCGCUACCAGAGAGCUUCAGUGUGAACGCAUCGAACAGUGAGAAUGCCGCUGGGCCGCACGUCUGCGUCUGCGCGGCGGCUGUAGCGGCGGGGCCCGGCCGGCCGGGUGCAUCGCGUGCGAUGGAGGAGGACAGGGACUUCCGGAACUCUGACCCGCUGAAAACGGUCCGGUUCGGGGGCACCGUGGCCGAGACGUUAGAGAAGCACCGACAGGGGGACUUUGGUGAUUAUGAGCUGCUGCAGCAUCAGCUGGCAGAUCCAGACAUUAAGGACGCUCAGAUCAUCAGCUGGCUGCAGGAGUUUCGGAGCUGCGUUACUUGGUUGAAGAAGGACCAUGAGCAGCUCAUUCAUACCAUCCUGAAGCUCCCGUGGGUCAGCCGGAGCCAGGCUGUUGUGGACGAGUACUUGGCCUUCCUGGGUAACCUGGUGUCAGCCCAGACUGUCUACCUGUGCGCCUGCCUCAAGAUGGUGGUCUCCCACUUCACCCCCAAGCGCGUGAUCGUCGUUGAGGAAGGAGUGGACAUUUCUGAUUCGGAUGAUGAAGAUGACAAUCUCCCCAGAAUCUUUGAUCGAAGUCAUGAUGCGCUGCAGCUGAUCAUCAGAUACGUGCCAUCGACAAGCCGCUUUCUUCUCCCCAUCCUGCAAGACAACUUCCCCUUUGUGCAGAAAUCCUCCAGAACCCUGGAGUGUUAUGUGCACAACCUGCUGAGGGUCACUGUGUACGCUCCGUUUGUGCGCAGAGACGUCCUGGAGUUGAUCGUGGGAAGGAUGCUGAAACUGGAUGUGAGUGUCUCCCGUGCAGAUUUGGAGGGAGCAGAGGAAGGCGUUCAGGAGCAGAGCACAGAGGAGGAGAGGCUCUUUGACAUGGAUGAAGACGCCCCGGCUGAACAGACAUCAGCGAUGAAGGUGACGGUCCACCCGGUGGGAGAGAGACUGGACACCCUGAUGACUGUCCUGAUGGCCUACAUAAAGGAUGUCUGCUAUGUGAAUGGGUCUUUCCAUGUGGACCGGUCCAAGGAGCUGUUCCGAGAUCUCCUGAGCAUCUUUGACAAGCUCAUCUUGCCCACACAUGCUUCCUCCCAUGUGCAGUUCACACUCUUCUACCUCUGCAGCUUCAGACUGGGUCUGACAGAGGCCUUCCUGGAUCACCUGUGGAGGAUCCUGCAGAACCCGUCCCAGCCUGUCGUUCUCCGUCAAAGUGCUGCCGCAUACUUGGGGAGCUUUCUUGCCCGAGCCAAGUUUAUUCCCAUGCUAACUGUUCGGGCCUGUCUGGAUUUGCUCGUCAGUUGGAUCCACGGCUACAUGGACAGUCAGGACCGCAGUGACAGACAGGUGUGCUGUGACAUCAGCCUGCAUGGACCUUUUUAUGCCUCCUGCCAGGCGCUCUUCUACACACUCGUAUUCAGACACAGAGCCAUUCUGGAGACCAGCAUGAAGAAAGGGCUGGAGUACCUCCAGAGUAUGAAUCUGGAGCGGGUUGUGAUGAGUCAGCUGAACCCUCUGAAAGUGUGCCUCCCAUCUGUUGCCCUCAUGUUUGCUGCCAUCACCAGGAAGUACCAGAUUGUUUUCUGCUACACCAUCCUUGAAAGGAACAGUCGGCAUGCACUUCCUGUGGUCCAGAGCUCCUCAGGGAGGGACCAUGUGAGCACCAACACCAACCCUCUGGACAGCUUCUUCCCCUUUGACCCCUACCUGCUCAAGAGGUCUGGGCUGAUGAUCGAGCCGCUGUAUCAAGUCUGGGAGGAAUUGGCAGACACGGAGCUGUUUCCCACUGAAACCAAGCAGCAGGGGUCGAAGGAGGAUGAGGACGACUUCCUGUGUGAGGAGACCCCCCCUGCAGAGCUCAUCCUGGGAAUGACUCCCAGCUCCUGCGGGUCCGACAUCUGCAGCCCGAGCAGCGUGGGCUCCCCCCCCCCAGGCAGGCCGUGGCCUUUUAGACUGUAGACCAGCAGAUCCCUCAGCUUACAUCUCUGACUUUGGCCGUGGGUCGAGUCCAAGCCAGCGGCAGGAUACAGGCACAGAGUCUGCAUCAUCUUUGUCACAAACCAGUCCUGCCUUUCCAAGGGAGGUUGCACUGCAGUGGGAGGUGGAGGGGUUCCAGCUCCCACCAGACCCAGUCUGCUUUCAGUCAAUAUUUCAAUUUGAGACUUCCCUCUGAGUGCAGCUCAGAUUCUCUUUUUUAGUUUGCUUUGUUCUCUACAAAUGUUGUCAUUAUUUAACACCAAUUUCCCAAAGAUGUGGCUUGCUAACUGAUGCUAUUUGUGUACAUUUUCAUAGUUUUAAAUGUAUCUGAAGCAGAUAAAAGCUGCACAGCCAUGUAUGUGCUUAUGAGUUUGUGUGGGUUUCUGAACCUAAAGCCUAUUUUAAAUGUAUAUAAGUAAUAUUUUGCUUUUUGACACAAAUGAGAGCUUUGAAAUAUAAAGAGAACAAACAAUCUUUCUAAA